AAUCCAAUCUUGUUUGGAUUGCUUUGUGCCUGAAAAAGCGUCGAGCGUUUCCCCGUCGCGUGAAAGAAAACAUCCUAUUGUUAAGAUAGAGAAAAAAAAAACAUUAACAGUAUGUGAGUCUUCGAUAAACUCUAGGCGCCGUCGCGGACGUACCGCAAAGUGUCCUUUAUUAACGUAAUUUCACGUCGAGGUCGUGUUCAAAUUUUUCCGGAAAAACAACUGCUAGGCCUAGGUUGUCUUCGCUCUCGUAGCUACAAGCAAGCCACUCUUCCGUCGUGAUGUCUCUAGGGUCUUCGUAAACGGCCUGCGUCGUUCAUCUGGGACCGUGCCCAAUUGCCGACGAAGACCUUGGACCGCCGGAAGACGUGAUGUGAUUGGCUUCAGCGAGCUCUUUUUUUCCCUUCAUUUUUUUCUCUAGCGAGGAAGGGCGCCACCUCUGCUUAGACGUAGGACCCACUGCUUUCCAUUUUUUUCUUCUUCGUGUGCGCGAGGAAAUACGAGCGCCAUGUCUGUCCACUACAAGUUCAAGAGCAGCCUGGACUUUGACACGGUGACCUUCGAUGGACUGCACAUCUCGGUGUCGGACCUCAAGAAGUCCAUCCUGCAGCAGAAGAAGAUUGGCAAGGCAGCCGACUUUGACCUCCAGAUCACCAAUGCCCAGACAAAAGAAGUGUACACAGCAGACGACGUCCUGAUUCCGAAGAACACGUCGGUCAUCAUCUCGAGGGUCCCCGUCACUUCCACUGGCAGGAAGAAUUGGGAACGCAACCGAGACGGCGACCACUCUCAGCAGGACGUUAAUUCCCCAAGUCGCAAUUAUGAGAAGCUUUCGAAGACGGCGGACUUGGUGAAUGCCAAGGCUACGGAAGAGGACAAGAUCAAGGCAAUGAUGACACAGUCUUCGCAGGAGUACGACCCUUCCAAGUACGUCAAGAGCCGCAGCAUGACGGGGCCGCUGCCCCCCAACUACACCUGCUUCCGGUGCGGAAAGAGCGGCCACUGGAUCAAGAACUGCCCCACUAACAACAUUGAGGUGAAGCGAAGCACGGGGAUCCCCAGGAGCUUCAUGGUGACGGUGGACGGACCCGACCACAAGGGGGCGCUGCUCACCAGCACCGGGGAGUUUGCGGUGCCGCUCAUCGACCACGAGGCGUACAAGGAGGUGAAGAAGGAGAAGCCGCCCUUCGUGAAGGAGCCGACGCCGGAACCCACCCAGGAGCCCCAGCUGCCUGACGAGCUGCUUUGCAUGAUCUGCAGGGACCUGCUUCAGGACGCCGUGCUCAUCCCCUGCUGCGGGAACAGCUUCUGCGAUGAGUGCGUGCGUCAGGCCCUGCUGGACUCUGAGCAGCACGAAUGCCCCGUCUGCCACGAAUGCGACAUCUCCCCGAACAACCUGAUCCCGAACCGCUUCCUCCGCACGGCCGUGCUCAACUUCAAAAACGAGACGGGAUACACGCGCGCCAAGCGCGCGCACGUCGCCCUGCCGCCGCCGUUGUCUGUUGUUGCCGGGUCGUCAUCUCCGUCCAUUGCCGGAACGUCGGAGUCGUCUGCCACCGCCACUGCCGCUGCCUCGAUGUCGCCUGCCGCCGUGGGCUCUGCGUUAACCGUUCCCGGGACUACCAGUGGCUCUGCGUCGCCCGUCGCGGAUGCCAGGUCUCCCGCGGCCGAGGAGAAAGGGGAGACAAAGGAGGACGGGGAGAAGUCGUCGCCCGCCCCGGCUGCAGAUGAUGCAGCGGAAGUUUCGAAGGAAGGAGAGGCUGCCGAUGCCGAGCCAAGGAAAGAAAGCGGCUACCGUAGCCCAACCGGCUCCGUCCCGGACAACCCUCCCGGCACGCCGUUGGCAGACGAGCGCCCCGAGGAGCCUCCGGGCGUCAGCCUGGACGAGGCCCUCACCAUGUCCCCGCAGCAGCGUGAGCGCGGCGAAGACAGCGACGACGGCCGGCGCCGUUCCUCGUCGUCUUCUCGUCGCCACCGCAGUCCGUCGUCCAGGGGUCUGGACAAUGGCGGAGGGGACAGCGUGUGCGCCAUCGCCACCAUCACGACGCGCGUGCCCAACUACGCCGGCAUGCCGGUCAACUUGCCGGGCAGGUCCGGCCGCGACUCCGGCUUGGACAGUCCGAGGGGAUCGGGAAGGGGUCCCCCCCUUCACCGGUCCAGCCGUCACGGAGACUACGGAGACCACCGCCGGUCAAGGCACGACUACGGCCCGGGGAACAGCCUGCGCACCGCGGACUACAGGGGUGCCCCGCUGUACCCCCAGUACGGCCAGGCCAUGACGGGGGGUGGCUUCCACGCCCCUCCACCGAUGCACAUGCCCCCGGUGCCGCCCCCGCAGGGCCACCUGCCUCCGCCCAGCCUGCCGCCACCACCUUUCCCCGGACAGGCGCCGCCCCCCGGUAUGACCGCGGCGCCGCUCGGACCCCCGCACUAUCCGAUGACGACGAGUGCCAGCUACAUCAACCCGGCAAAGCCCUUCGGAGCGGACGACUACCACGCUCGCAGGAGCAGGAGCAGACGUGCCGGCGAUCCCCUGGAGGAAUUCGAGAAGCACCUCCGCGACCUGCACCGCAACCGCCGAGGCGGCCGGGAGGGCGGCCGCCGACGCUCCCACUCCAAGACGCGCUCGCGGUCUUCCUCCUACAGCCGCUCCCGCUCCAAGUCCCGGCCCCGCAGCGGCGGCUCCCGUUCCUACUCCCCGCGCUCCUACUCGCGCUCCCCCCGCUCCCCUUCCCGAUACAGUGCAAGCUCGCGGUCCUACUCACGCUCGCGUUCCCGUUCCUACUCGCGGUCCCGCUCCCGCUCGCGCUCGGGCGCCCACCGCGGAGGCGGUGGAGGCAGGGGAUCGCGCUCGCGUUCGCCGAGCGCCGGAGCGGCACCGCGCCGCGCAUCCCCCAAAAGCCCGAGAGCACGGCGGUCCCGCAGUGGCAGCUAUCGGUCUUCUCGGUCCCCCGCAAGGUCAUCCCAGCAGCGCAGGGGCCGCCACUACCACAGCAAGAGCAGGCGACCGUACGCGAGGUCGCGCUCGCCACGGUCCCCGCGUUCGUACCACCACCACCCGCUGCCGCCGCCGCCACCAAUCGCCGGCGUUUACCGCGGGGGUAGGUCGCCGCCGCCCCCUCCGCCUCCGCCGCCCCACUUCCGCGGCCACCGCAGGGGCCCCGGCCACUUCUUCGGGGGCUACCCUCCGGGUGGCUACCCCCCGGAGCACAUGGGGAUGCCGGUGGAGUUCGACGAGCGCCACUACUUUCACCACCACCAUGAUGGCGGGGGCGGUUCUGGAUUCCGCUUCCCAGGAUUCCAGGGGGGGCCACCCCCCCCGCACCACGACAUGAGGGACAGGCGGUACGACCCGGGGGUGCCGAUGGCGCGCUUCCACGGCGAGCGGCCCCCGCGAUCUUCGCGUGCCGACUACGCCCCGCCGGACGCAAUCGCGGCCGCAGAGGCGGAGGCGCUGAAGGGGAGGGACGCCAGGGAAGGGAGGGGGAGAGAGUACUCGUACCGGCGUUCCGACGCCAUUACUACUCCUUUAGUUGUGAGGGAGGGGGAGGGGAAGGAGAGGAAGGGAGGGGGAUCUCCCCUCGAUACGGAGGCGAAGGCUUUGAAGAAGCGGCUCAAGGAGAAGGAGCGUGAGGACAAGCUCAAGCACAAGCACCACCACAAGGCAAAGGAACCGAAGAAGGAGGUUGUCGAGGUCGUCUUGAAGAAGACGAAGGCAAAGGCGGAGCCGGCUGCACAGCCGCCCGCAGAUCCAGUCCCAACGGAAGUAGCACCGGCCGAGGGAACACCGCUCAAGGUUGAGAAGGAGGUUGCCGCAGAGCUCGCGCCUGAGGCGGCGGCCAAGGAAAAGAAGCACAAACACAAGAAGAAGCUGAAGCUGCAGGAGGAAGCCGCUGCAUUGAGGAAGGCGGCGAGGACCUCCGACGACUCGACGAGCCAGCUGCCGCCCGGCGCGGAGGACGAGCUUGUGAAGCGGAAGAAGAAGAAGAAGAAGCUGAAGGACAGCAAGCUACAGGAGAAGGGCCUCAUUCAGCAGAUGAUGGAGGUUGCGCAGAGUCGUGCGGCCCUGCAGGCCGCCAAGGCCGCGAAGCAGCUGGCACUCCAACAACUGCCGACGGUGGCUAAGCAGGAGGUGGUGGUUGGGUCCACCGAAGAGCUCCGCGCGGCUCCCGGAGCCCCCGAGAAGACACUGCAGGCUGAAGAGAAGUUGCUGAAGCCGGAGGACAAGUCCUGGCAGGGAACCGAGGCGGAGCUCGCUUCUAAAGAGAAGGGUGCCGAAGAGGUUCCUCCGGCUAAGCCAGAGCUCCAGGUGGAACUGCCUGAACUCUCCAAGUGGGAGCGAGAGGACCUGGAAGAAGAGGGCCAGCUGUCGCCUGUGCGGAAGCCGCCUGUCGAGGAAGCGAAGGAGUCCAAGCCCACGCUGUCAUCGGAGGUGAUCAUGAGGGCAGAAAAUGUGCUGCUCCACAAGCCGCUGAAGACCGCCAUCGUUGCGGCGUCUUCGAUCCGUUCGACGGGAGAGAAGAAGGUCAAGAGCGCGCCGCCUGUCGAAGCGUCCGCGUCUGCUCCACCGCGGAGCACCGAGCCCUUGCACGCAACUGCCGAAUCUUCUCCGAGAGGAGAGGAACGGGGAGUUGAACCCCCGCGGGAGGACAAGCCGUCUCAGGUCGUCGAGCUGCCGCCGGUGCGUGAGGUCAAGGAGGGACGGAGGGAGGUGUCGGUGCCGUCACGUCUGCGGGACAGGCUUGACGGAACGCUCCAGGUGACCAUCACGUCUGACAAGGAGCGGCGGUCCGUGCUGACGCCAACGGACAGGGAACAGCGGAGCUUGGCUGAAGGCCAGCUGAAGCGGAUAAAGCUGGACAGGUCCAAGUUCAGCGACAAGAUGCUACGGGGCGAGAGCGAAAUGAGCCAAGGUGGCCUCCCGUCCGACUCCAGCAAGCCCCCGCGCUCGAGCAGCCGAAGAGAGGACCGCGACCGGAAGCCGGAUGACAGGUCCUCGGACCGCCGUCCCGAGGACCACAGACCGGAUGACCGUAGGCUCCCUCCGGAGAUGGGUGGUCACGAUGGUCGGGUGCGUGGUACGAGGGAAGACCGCAGUCAGCGGGAGCGUGGGUCGUCCUCUCGCUCCUCGCACAGACUGCGGGAGGGCUCGCUGAGGUCAGGCGGGCGAGAUGGCCACAGGGGAGGACAGGACCAUAGGUCUAGGACGCCGGACGGAGACCGUAGCAGACGGCGCAAAGAGGACCGCUACUACGGAAUGCCCCCGGAGGAGAGGCUCAGGCGGUCUUACGAGGAAGGCCGGCGGGAGAUGAUGGCGGAAGCCGAGCACGACCGCCGCCAGCUGAUGGCAGCUGAAGAACACCGCCGGUUCCUCCUGGAAGAGUUGGAGCGCCAGCAGCACAGGGGCCACCACGACCAUCGGCGGAGCAGGAUGGACCCGGGACUCCGGUUCAGGCUCGAGGAGAGGGAGAUGGAAGAACGAAGGUUUGCAGCGGCUGCUCGCCGAAUGGACUGGCCACCACCCCUGCUGAUGACAGCGCCGCAGUCCCAGCAGCAGAGUAAAGGGGACAAGCUGGAAAGGAGUCAUCAUCAUCACCAUCAUCAGCCAGAGAGGGACAGGGAGAGGGUGGCGAGCUUCGCGGUGCCGUCUGCUGCUUCGGUGCCCACUCAACAGAAGACCGAGAGGUCUGCCGUGGCCGAGUUGAGGGGCAGGAAGGAGUCGACGCAAGACGAGUCUCGCUUUGAGCCGGACUACGACGAACUGAUCGAGGAGGAUGACAGUGCGCAACGGAGCAAGCGGAAGUCAGUCUCCACUCCGGUGGAGAGCGAGGCAGUGGUACCGGUCAAGAAGCCCAAGGUGGAUGUGGAGCAGGAGUCUGCGAAUCCGAUGGCACCAUCUGCAUCCGCCACCGAAGAAGCGGUGGUGGCUGCUGUUGCAGAGGAGAAGUCCAGCAGUUCGUCGUCUGAUUCAAGCGAAGACGAAGACAAGCAGCUUCACAAGAAACAUAAGAAGAAGCACAAGAAACACAAGAAGCACAAGCACAAGCAUAAGAAGAAGAAAAAGUCUAAGAAGGCAGAGAAGUCGGACUAGGUGUGCGACGGCGGCGGCGUUAUAUUGAAUAAUGUGUCUGUGCAUGAAUGUUUUGCUCGAGUUCUUGUUGAGGACUUGCUCAUGAGCUCUUGUAAACUUUGUAAGAAGCAAUCAGUUUAUUUUUUUUUUGUUUUUCUAUGCCAAGUCUUGUUAGGUGAAGAGUCAAUCCUUUUGAAGAAGUGGACACCUUUUUUGGCGUCGGUGAAAUGGCUCGUCAUGUUCACCCUGUAAAUAAAAAUGAUGUGUGCCGAAUAAAUGGAAUCAUUUUCCACGAUAGAAAACCAAAAAAUAUUGUUGCCUUUUAUUAUUGCUCCUGUUUUUAAGAAAUUGGCUCAUUGUCAAUUUGCAUUUUGGCCAAUCUGCUGGUUGUCCACACUUCCUGAAAAGGGAGCAUUUCAAACUUGGUUUAGUAGGCCUAAGGGUCGGCAUUGGGCCACAUUUGUGCUGAUGGGAAAUUAUCAAUUUCCUGGCUAGUUAUUUCAGAUGGAAGGUGGUGUAACAUUUGCUACAUUGCCCCAAUUUACGGCCGUGGCAGGGCGGUGUCUCCAGACUUCUUGUUGAAGGGUCGGAUUAGCAAGCUUUUGUCUCGAGGGCCGGAAGAAAAGUAUACAAUCAUGUCCCACCCCCCACCCCCUCAAAAAAAAUAAAAGCACAAUGUUAUUCUUACUGCAAAAAUAAAUUUUGUCUCUGAACGCUCGGUCCCG